CAUCUCCCACUGCAUACCAUCACGAUAGUCGCGAGACAUGGCGAUGCGUUGCCACUCUUCCUGUAGCCUCAUAUGCAUCGUCUUCCUCCUCGUUUUUGUUGCUGUGGCAGCGGAGGGUGCAGGAUACGUGCAGGCGCGGCAGCGGAAAUUACAGCAGGUGCCAGCACCACCGCCAGUGCCGCUGCCAAACCCUAACCCGCAGCCUGACCCAAACCCACAACCUUUGCCUAUGCCAGACCCAAAUCCGCAGCCAUUACCGCAGCCUUUACCGCAACCACUGCCGGGCCCAAACCCGCAGCCACAACCUCUGCCACAACCGUUGCCUGACGCAAACCCACAGCCACCGCCAUUACCACAACCUCUGCCACAACCACUACCGGGCCCAAACGCACAGCCUCUGCCACAACCAGACGUCCAAGGCUCGUAUCCGCAGGUACAACCAUUGCCAGAUUCAAACACGUCAGGGCGACAAAAUAACGCACUACAGGGACCGCAACCACUUGGUGCAGCUUCAACGUUAUAUUCAUGUGGUGCUACAUACAAAAACAUAUUUUUCAUGGGUUUAUUGUUGUACUAUUUUGUGUAGAUAAAGCGAUGCUUUUUCAUGUAAAUAAAUCUACCAUUUUGUAGACUUUGUAUCUAAAGUGAUGUAUCGGUCUGGCAUGAUCUCUCUGUAUUUACAUUCAUACUACUGAUGUACUAUAUGCAAUAAAUUUUUAUAUGAUUCUACAA